AUGUGCCUAGCAGCCACAGGUUUGCCUUUCCAAGACCUCAUCCAAGAAUGUCCCAUGUGUGGGCACUUUUUCGCGUAUUGCUGUAAAUGCACCAGACGAUCUGCCCGUGACUCUCAAUACGAAGAAACACCCCAGCCCUGCGAUCAUACCCGCAUCAUUUUCACUGACGGCGCGUGUACAAAUAACGGAGAGCCUACAGCCAAAUCCGGAAUCGGCAUAGCUUAUAGCAGUGAUACUGAAGGUCAGCUGUCUAUAUCCAUUGACAAAGUGCUAGUCGACUUUCCGGCUGGAUCAAACCAACGAGCGGAACUCAUCGCGGUGACGCUGGGACUGGAUUGUGGUGACCGAUUCAGGAAACCUGCAAAUUUGGAUCUGUUCUUAAGAUUUGAUGCCUUGGUCACAGAGCUCGAGGCAAAGAUCACCAAAUUUUGCUAUGUCCCGAGGAAGCACAAUCACUUAGCUGAUCGUCUUGCAAAAACCGCUGCAGUCGAUGGCACUGUAGCUAUGACAUUGGAUUUUUAG